GGCCGUUCAAUAUGGUGGACUUGAACGCAAUACUGUUCAUUGUGUGUCUGAGCCUAUGCAUAACGUCAUGCGAAUCAACGUUUACGUUUGCCUCUUCAUACUCUGACCACGUGGUGUUACAGAAGGGAACACGUGGUACAAUUGUAUGGGGCAAAUCUUCGAAGCUUGGCGAUACCGUUCAUGUUUCAUUAAAUGGUCAUGAGGUUGCUCAUAGUAACGUUACUCAUGAUGCAUACGGCGGGCUGAUUUGGAUGGUGAAGGUAGUUAUGACGUCACAUCAUUAUGGGCCAUAUAACCUGACCGCAAGGUCAAGUCUAGGGGCGAUAACUCUCCAUGACGUUAUGUUUGGUGAUGUGUGGCUGUGCUCUGGCCAAAGCAACAUGGAAUUUACUCUAAGUAAGCUUAUCAACGACACUUCUGAAUACGCGGACGCCUCGAACUACCAAGAUAUACGAGUGUUCAAGGCAAACCAUUACCAUUCUUCAUCAAGUCUGGGGGAUUUUCAUCCACAUACCAUCGCAAGCUGGGCAAAACCUUCAAGAU